GAGCCCGGAACUCGGCGCUGAGCAACGCGGCGCGCAAGCCGCCCCGGGGACCAUGGGCUCCAUGUUCCGGAGUGAGGAAGUGGCACUGGUGCAGCUCUUCCUGCCCACGGCCUCAGCCUACACCUGCGUGAGCCAGCUGGGCGAGCUGGGCCUCGUGGAGUUCCGGGAUCUUAAUGCCUCCGUGAGUGCCUUCCAGAGACGCUUUGUGGGGGAUGUCCGGCGCUGCGAGGAACUGGAGAAGACCUUCACCUUCCUGCAGGAGGAGGUGCGGCGGGCGGGGCUGCCGCUGGCCCCACCCACGGCCGGGCUGCCCGCACCCCCGCCGCGGGACCUGCUGCGAAUCCAGGAGGACACUGACCGCCUGGCCCAGGAGCUCCGGGACGUGCGGGGCAACCAGCAGACGCUGCGCGCCCAGCUGCACCAGCUGCAGUUGCAUGCGGAGGUGCUGGGCCAAGGCCACGGCCCCACGUUGGCCGCCACCCACGUGGACGCGACCUUAGAGACCAUGCCGCUGCUCCAAACCCCCGGGGGGCCACACCAGGACCUCAGGGUCAAUUUCGUGGCAGGUGCCGUGGAGCCCCACAAGGCGGCCGCCCUGGAGCGCCUGCUCUGGAGGGCCUGUCGCGGCUUCCUCAUCGCCAGCUUCAGGGAAACCGAGCGGCCACUGGAGGACCCCGUGACGGGCGAGCAGACGACCUGGAUGACCUUCCUCAUCUCCUACUGGGGCGAGCAGAUCGGACAGAAGAUUCGCAAGAUCACAGCCUGCUUCCACUGCCACGUGUUCCCGUUCGCCGAGCAGGAGGACGCCCGCCGCCGCGGUCUGCAGCAGCUGCAGCAGCAGAGCCAGGAGCUGCAGGAGGUGCUGGGCGAGACGGAGCGCUUCCUGAGCCAGGUGCUGGGCCGCGUGCAGCAGCUGCUGCCGCCCUGGCAGACGCAGGUGCGCAAGAUGAAGGCCGUGUACCUGGUCCUCAACCAGUGCAGCGUGAGCGCCACGCACAAGUGCCUCAUCGCCGAGGGCUGGUGCGCCGCGCGGGACCUGCACGUCCUGCAGGGGGCGCUGCGGGACAGCUCGAGCGAGGAGGGUGUGAGCGCCCUGGCCCAUCGCCUCCCCUGCCGGGACAUGCCCCCCACGCUCAUCCGGACCAACCGCUUCACAGCCGGCUUCCAGGGCAUUGUGGACGCCUACGGCGUGGGCCGGUACCAGGAGGUCAACCCGGCUCCCUACACCAUCAUCACCUUCCCCUUCCUCUUUGCCGUCAUGUUCGGGGACGUGGGCCACGGGCUGCUCAUGUCGCUCUUCGCCCUGGGCAUGGUGCUGGCGGAGGACCGGCCGGCCGUGAAGAAGGCGCAGAACGAGAUCUGGAGGACCUUCUUCGGGGGCCGCUACCUGCUCCUCCUCAUGGGGCUCUUCUCCGUCUACACCGGCUUCAUCUACAACGAGUGCUUCAGCCGCGCCACCGCCAUCUUCCCCUCGGGCUGGAGCGUGGCGGCCAUGGCCAACCAGUCCGGGUGGAGUGACACGUUCCUAGCCCAGAACCCAGUGCUCAGACUGGACCCCAACAUCACCGGCGUCUUCUUGGGGCCCUACCCGUUCGGCAUCGACCCUAUCUGGAGCCUGGCUGUCAACCGCCUGAGCUUCCUCAACUCCUUCAAGAUGAAGAUGUCCGUCAUUCUGGGGGUGACCCACAUGGCCUUCGGGGUGGUCCUGGGUGUCUUCAACCACGUGCACUUCGGGCAGCGCCACCGGCUGCUGCUGGAGACGGUGCCCGAGCUGGUGUUCCUGCUCGGGCUCUUCGGCUACCUCGUCUUCCUCGUCGGCUACAAGUGGCUGAGCGUGGGGCCGGCGGACGCCGCGGGGGCCCCCAGCAUCCUCAUCCACUUCAUCAACAUGUUCCUCUUCAGCAGCAGCGCCAGCAACCGGGCGCUCUUCCGGGGCCAGUCCGCGGUGCAGUCCACGCUGGUGGUCCUGGCCCUGGCCAUGGUGCCCAUCCUGCUGCUCGGCACGCCGCUCUUCCUGUACCACCGGCACCGGCGCUCAAGGGCAAGGCCCGCUGGAGGACAGCCGGACGACAAACAGGGGCUCCUGGAUACGUCAAGCUGUGACGAGGAGCUGGCCGGGUGCCCGGGGGACCAGGACGAUGAGUUCGUGGCGUCCGAGGUGUUCAUGCACCAGGCCAUCCACACCAUCGAGUUCUGCCUCGGCUGCGUGUCCAACACGGCCUCCUACCUGCGCCUCUGGGCCCUGAGCCUGGCCCAUGCCCAGCUGUCGGAGGUGCUGUGGGCCAUGGUGAUGCGCGUGGGCCUGGGCCUGUGCCGGGAGAUGGGCGUGAGGGCCAUCGCACUGGUGCCCGUGUUCGGCGCCUUCGCGGUGCUCACGGUGGCCAUCCUGCUGGUGAUGGAGGGGCUCUCGGCCUUCCUGCACGCGCUGCGCCUGCACUGGGUGGAGUUCCAGAACAAGUUCUACUCGGGCACCGGCUACAAGCUCACCCCCUUCACCUUCGCCUUGGACGACGAUGACUAGCGCCCCCGGACCUCGCCCGCGAUGGGGCGGAAUAAAGGGGCGAAUGGG